AUGGGUUUUCAACGGAUAGAAGUUGCUAAGGAGAGCUCUGAUAUCAUUAUUUUGGAUGAUAAAUUUGCCUCUAUUGUGAAGUAUGCAUUUAAAUAUGCGGAUGCAAAAUGCAGCAUGAGAUUGCAUAUAGCAAUUUAUAGGGGGAAGGAGGGAACAAAAUGCAUGCAGGUUGUCAGGUGGGGACGAUCUGUAUAUGCAAAAAUCCAGAAAUUCAUCCAGUUUCAGCUUACAAUUACUUUUAUAGUAAUUUUCCCUAGGGAGAUUAUACGCGAAGGUUUUCAUGAUCCAGGAGCAGGUGUUGGAUUGAUUCCAGCCAUAGCUCAGGACACGAACAAGGGGAAAAAGGUGUCGGUGGGGGUUUUGGGGAAAACAGACUACCUUAACACUGAAGUGGCAGGCUAUGAGAUCCUGCCGAACAGCGCAUUUCUCAGCUUGGGACGCGCCAAUAUUGAUGGAGCGUCUCAAAGUCUUGAACCUUAUAGGGAGUGCGGACUUAUUAGUUACCCCCAGCUUCUCUUGUUGCCCAAAUUUGGAGAUACUGAUCUUGAGCGAUGUUCUCCAUUGGUUCAUUUAGAUCCUUCAGUUAAUGAUCUAAAGCUCUUGGUUACCCUAAAUUUGAAGUCAUGCUUCGAACUUAGCAUGUUGCCGACAGAAAUGGAUGGGAUGAAAGCUUUGAAAGAUCUCCUGAUUGAUGGCACUUCCGUACGAGAACUUCCUGCAUCGAUAGGCAAAUUAUUCCAACUGCAAAUUCUUAGUGCCACUAAUUGCUUCUCAUUGGUUCGUGUUCCAGGUUUCGUUUGUGACUUCAGGAUAUCUCUUUCAGUGCUAGCCUUGGAUGAUGCGAAAAUUCUUGAACUACCGAGUCAAUUGGAGACUUGUGGCGACUUAGACACUUGUUUUGAGGGAUUGUCGUGGGCUAAGAAAGCUUCCAGAAUUCAUUGGUAUAAAGGGGUACUCAUUAGAAGAGUUGGAUAUUUCAGGAGUUUGGAGGGAGUCAUUCCGAGGGCCAUUUCGAAUCUACAUCGGCUUAGAGAACUGAGGCUUUCAGGUACACUUAUAUCCAGCCUUCAAUCAGAAAUUCAUUUCAUGUCAAGUCUUCAGACUCUGGAUUUGCUACACUGUGACUUUCUUAAAGAGUUGCCUACCCUUCCCCCUAACCUAAGUAACCUCUAUGUCAAUCCCGACUUGAAGCAAAAAUUGUUAGAAGCUUCAAAAUUCCGCCGUUGGUGGCCUUUGUUGCAAUAAAUAAUGCAACAUUGGUUUGGAUCAUAUGAUUGAGUGUUGUCAUUUGUUGUAAUUAGUUGGGUUGAUUACAUUAUGCCCACGGCGAUUUAGAUGUGUUGGCCUAUCUUCUCAAUUGAAUAUGUUUCCCUCUUUCUUAUAAUUCUAUUUUUGAUCUCAA